AUGGCGGCCGCGAAUCUCCCCAAAUGGGGCUUCGGGCAAUCACCCAUGAAGAUUCAACCUGUCUCAACCUCCUUCGUCCCCUUCUUCUCCAGCGCCCAGACCGGCACAGAAGCCACCAACAUGUCAUGGAGCACAGAUCUCGCCGCCCCUACACCCAUUUCUCGACUUCCAGCCUGGUCUCGCAUCCCGAUCCAGCGCCAUGCCUCGACUGGUCAGACCGGCCAGAUCAUGAAGCGAGUUGGUCUCUGCACUCGACGCCGCCAUCUCGACUCCGUUGUCACAAAGACCUUCAAGACCCCCGCGCCUGAGCCUGAGCCAGCUGCCGAUGAGUUUACUCUCGAGGAAGAGUCGCGACGCAUUCGACAUCGAAGUGUGGACUUCAAGCCUGUUGAGGGAGACGUCGAUUUCGAAGGACAACCUUGCUCCGAAGCGGAACUCGCUAACCUCUGGAUGUUGGCCAAGGUUGACGUUACCAACUACUACAUGACCACAUCCACCGAAACCCACCUUGCAGACAAGAUUGCAGCCCGACGCGGUGAACUUGUCCAAGUCGUGCCCAUGAAGCGAUACGCCGGUGUCGACACUAUCGAUAUUCCUGUGUCACUUGUUCCCAACGGAGGUAACAAGCUUAACGUCUAUCACCAACUUCUCCCCAUCAUUGAACGGGCCAUGAUCAACGGCGACGGCCAGGUCAGCUUGAAGACGGCAUCAAUCGCCGAGGCUCUUUACAUCAUGCGCCAGACUCAGCGCAACGUCCGCAAGCCUGUCUCUGCCGGACCCAGAUUGUCUGAUGUCACCGACUACACCGAACCACCCACUCCAACCGCCAUCCUCCGACCUGUCAUCCACGCCGAAGCGCGAUCGCCACAGAAGCGAAUUGCCAGACUCACAAGCCCUAUCAAGAAGAGCAUGCGCCUUCUCACGAACAGUGUCUACAAGCUUGUUCCUGGCUCAAGUCCCAAGGCCUCUCCAUCUCCCACCAAGUCCGAUUCGGCUCCUUCUACUCCCAUUCAGCAAUCGCCCAACCCCGCGAAGCCUGCUAUUACACCUCGCGGUAUCGAUUCUACUCCUCUCACCCAAUCCGCCGAGACCUUUGAGGAUGUCUCAAUUGAACAUCUCACUCACGCCCGACCUGUCGCUCCCACUCCCUCUCGAUGGAGCCGACGCGAUCCCUCCACCCCUCAGGCUUUCAGCCCCGUGCGUCCUAUGCGAGCACCCGCUACUCCCAUCCAGACCGACAGCCCCAUCGGCCUGGCCGCUCUCCUUCCUCCUACUACUCCUCAGCUGCCUCAGUUCGAACUUACUCCUCAAUCUACUGAGCUCGCUACCUUUGACUUUGGUACCGUUUCGCCAGCUUUCAACUCUUCCAUCUCUUGGAUGAACACCUCUGUUCAGGCCAGUGAGCCCAAGCGUAUCAAGAACGUCAACAAGGCCCGCCGACGCCAGAGUGAGCCCCUCCUCCGCAAGUACCUCAAGGCCAAGGCCCGCCGCGCUUCUUCUUCUCCCCAGAAGGUUCGAUUCCAAGAGCAGGACAUCUUCCGCGAUGACAUUUCCAUUGGCUCCUUGUUUGACUCUGUCACCUCUACCCCCGCCAAGCCUACUCCUACCGACAUUGAUGCUGCUCAACCUAGCGCCGUCGAGGAAGCUUCCGAGCUUGAGACCACCAUGGAUAUUGUCACCGCCGCCGAACUCAGUGUUGUUGAAGAGGUUACCGAACCCGUGUCUGCCCUUGAUGUUGCUCGCACCGCCGAACUUAGCGUCGUCGGAGAGGCCACAGAGCCUGAGCCUACAAUGGAUGCUGACACUGUCACUGAACCCGCUACUCACCCUACCCCUACCGCUACGAUUGAGCACGGCGUUGUGAACAUCGACAUGCGCCAGAACCCUGAUAUUUUCGGGACCCAUGUCUCUUCACCUCCCGCUCCCGUCUACUCUCUUUCUCGCAUGGCCGACGACAGAUGCCAGGGACACGCUAAGGUCGUUGUCACUGAGCAGAACGGCAGACUCUUUGUCAGAUUUAAGCUAUCGGCCGAGUACGCCCACAUGUUCCCCGCGAGCCAAGGAUUCGAUGGAUCUCAAUUUUCCAUGUCACCCUCCAUCUCUUCCUCCCCACGAAUCACAUUCAAGUCACCUGCUGUUAACCAGGCACCCACCAUUGACAGUGUGCUCGAAACCCCUCAUAUAUCCGCCACCCCUAGCUUUCACACCCCAGAGCUCCCCCCGGGGGACAACACUCUGCUCUUUCGUUCCCCUCAAAACGGCUUUACCCCUACCGAGCACACAAACAUUGGCGGUACCCCAGGUGUCAACACUCUGCUACGAACUCCCGAUGUUACUGGCUUCAGUGUGAUCAAAGACCAGAACGAAUUCCAAACACCAGAGCUCCCCGCUGGGGACAACACUCUGCUCUUUCGUUCACCUCAAAACGGUUUGACUCCUGUCGACAACACAAACAUUGGUGGCACUCCUGGUGUCAACACUUUGUUGCAAACUCCCAAUGUCACCGAAUUCAGUGCGCUCAAUGAGGGUACCAAGUUCCAAACCCCAGAGCUCCCCGCGGGGGAGAACACUCUGCUUUUCGGCGCUCAUGACGAACUUUCUCUGGCCAACCAUACAGCUGUCCUAGGAACCCCCGGUGUUAACACGCUUCUCAAGACCCCUGAUGUUACUGGUCUAGGCAUCUCGAACAACAUCAACUCUACUCCUGCCAUCGACACACCAAAGGUGACCGGGGCAGACGAUACGCUUGUUAUGUCCUGGGAUGAUCUGGCGGCGACUACUCCGGCUCCAAAGGCCAAGGCCACUUCAUCAGAAGCUACCCCGGUGCAGAUGAAUGCAGACCGUACCCUUGCUGUGUCCUGGGACGAUUUGGCGGAGACAACUCCCGUCCCCAAGAUCAAGCCUACCCCCCCUUCUGACGCCACUCCCGUUCAAACUUCACCUGCCGAGACCACGCCUGCUGAGACCGCUUCCGCCGAGACUGCUCCCGCUGAGGUCACGACCCAACCUUCUGAUGCUCUCCAAGUUAAGACGACUCCCGACACUACGCCUGCGCAAGAAGAAGCACCUGCCCAGACAGCAGACACGCGCCGCCAUGACUACGAUAGCCCUGGCCGCGAGUACAUGCGAGAGUUCAUCAAGCGCUCCCGCCAGAGUAUCGCCACCACCACCACCGAGACUGGAUCUCCCAUGGCGUCGAUUGCAAAGCGACAACCUCUGGAAGCACGAAGCCCUAACAGGGGGAGCCCACAGAAGAACAAGCGCAAGCACGAUGACGAUAGUGGUGAAGUACAGUCGCCUGCCAAGAAGGUCAAGCCCAGCAAGGAGGAGUCCAAGCAGACCACGCCCAAGCGAGCUCGCCGCACAAAGACCACACGCCAGAAGACAGAUCUGGCAACCGAGAUGACAGAUCUCCCAACCGAUGCUGAAGAGGCAACAGCAGAGGUGACGGAGACUGUCGAGGAGCAGACGGAGGUGGCUGAGGACGAGGGCCCAGUCACACGGCGAUCGACGCGACUUCGGUCGCGGGAGCAGACCAGCGGUGCUCCCAAGUCGUCGAUCCCAACUCCGAUCAAGCUGAAUCGGUCUGGCGCUGGCCGUAACGGCGGCGCUGUCCUGAACUCGAGCGUGCGCAGCGAGCAGCAGGACUUGACACACCAGACGCGCCUCAACACCAAGAGGAACAAGGGGAGCGCCGAGUAUCCCGCCCAGGUCCUGGCUAAGCACGCAGAGACCAAGGGUGAGGAUGACUCGGACGCGAGCCGGGCGUCUGGUGAGUCAAGUGCCUGCAAGGGCAAGAAGUCGGUGGUGUGGAGGGAGCCCCUGGAGAGCGUCCAGGAGGCGAAGCCCAAGAAGGGCGGACGGCCUACCAAGGCCAAGGUGACGCAGGGGAAGACGGGCGUUGCCAAGCCCAAGUCCACUGCCCAGAAGAAGCGUGCCGUCAAGGCCGCUGAGGAUCUGGGCAUGGUGGGCAACGGCACGCCCGUCAAGCCCCAGCGGGUGACGCGGGCUCGAACCCGCUCUCAGUCGUGA